AUGGCUGCCACAAAAUACAGACCUAUAAACUUGAUAUUUUAUGUAUAUAGUUUGAUUAUUAUUUUCUCCGCCCAUAGUUCCACGGCGGAGCUCCAGAGGCUACUUCAGCCGGCGAAACCCGAUGGUUCGGUAAGCUUUCUCGUCAUCGGAGACUGGGGAAGAAGAGGCUCAUAUAACCAGUCCCAAGUAGCUCUUCAGAUGGGAGAAAUUGGAGAUAAAUUAGAUAUCGACUUUGUAAUUUCUACCGGCGAUAAUUUUUACGACAAUGGAUUAACCGGCUUGCACGAUCUUGCAUUUCAAGAUUCUUUUACCAACAUUUAUACUGCGCCCAGCUUGCAAAAACCUUGGUAUACUGUUUUAGGAAAUCAUGACUAUAGAGGUGACGUCGGGGCACAACUUAGCCCUAUGCUCAAGGCUUUGGACAACAGAUGGGUUUGCAUGAGAUCUUUCAUUGUUAAUGCUGAGAUCGUCGACUUUUUGUUCGUCGACACAACUCCAUUCGUCGAUAAAUAUUUUAUCCAACCAAAUAAGCAUGUCUACGAUUGGAGAGGCGUAUUACCUAGGCAUACAUAUCUGAACAAUCUCUUAAAGGAAGUCGAUGUGGCAUUGAGAGAGUCAAGUGCAAAUUGGAAAAUAGUGAUUGGUCACCAUACGAUCAAAAGCGCAGGCCACCACAGGAACACCGUCGAGUUGGAGAAGCACCUUUUACCGAUUCUCCACGCGAAUGAAGUAGAUCUCUACGUAAAUGGGCAUGAUCAUUGCUUGGAGCACAUAAGCAGCGUGGACAGUAAAAUACAAUUUAUGACAAGUGGAGGUGGAUCAAAGGCAUGGAAAGGUGACGUGAACAAAUUGGACCCAGAAGAGAUGAGGUUUUACUACGACGGUCAAGGAUUCAUGUCGGUUCACAUUUCGGAAGCCGAACUGCGUGUCGUUUUCUAUGAUGUUUAUGGACACGUAUUGCAUCAUUGGAAUACUUCUUACAAGGAGGCUCUUUAUUUCGCUUCUUAA